AUGAGCAGAACUGAUGAAAACAUUGCAAAAAUUCGUCAAAUUGUGCAUCAGAAUAGUCAGCUGACUGUGAGAAGCAUUGCAGACCAAAUAAACAUCAAUGGAGAAAUAGUCGGGAAAAUCUUAACUGAAAAAUUUGGUAUGAGAAAGUGCCACCUUGACUAUGUGAGUGGUUACAGAACUGUGUUGGCAGAAAAAUACUGUGUAAUAAUGUGCCGGCUGCGCACGCUCCGGGCCCUGCGCCGCCCUUGGGGAGACGCCGGCGGCUGGGACCGCGAGCCGCCGCCGCCGCCGCCGCCGCUGGCGCUGAGAUCAUUUUCUUCUGAGAAAGUGGUUCCUAAGGACUGUUCUCUCCCCAACCCCAGCUGGAACAAGGACAUAAGACUCCUCUUUGAUCAGUUCAUGAAGAAAUGUGAAGAUGGCUCCUGGAAACGUUUGCCUUCAUAUAAAAGUGAAUCUUCUCGAAGGGCUCAAGACUUCAAGACUCUUUAUCUUGGCCCAAAGCUUUCAAAAGAACUAACGUCACAGGCCCAGCUCUUCACCAGAAGCCUUGAGGAUGGCUUGGGCUUUGAAUAUGUGAUGUUCUAUAAUGAUGUUGAGCAAAGGGUAGUUUGCUUGUUUCAAGGAGGUCCUUACCUGCAAGGAGCACCUGGGUUCCUUCACGGAGGCGCCAUUGCAACCAUGAUCGAUGCUACCGUUGGUACAUGUGCUCUUAUAGCUGGAGGAAUUGUCAUGACUGCCAAUCUCAACAUCAAUUAUAAAAGACCUAUCCCUCUUUGUUCUGUUGUUGUGAUAAAUAGCCAACUUGAUAAAGCUGAAGGAAGGAAAUUUUUUGUUUCCUGUAAUGUUCGGAGUGUUGAUGAGAAGACUCUAUACUCAGAGGCAACAAGCUUAUUUAUAAAGCUGGAUCCUGAUAAAAGUCUGACGUAAAAGAGCUGCUGCAGAAUUCCACACCCUUCUGCAUAAGACUCUCCCUCCUUCAAAAGAAGCAGUUGUCCCCGCUCCUCUGCUCACCCACUGCCAAACUCCCAUGUGGAGAAGCCUGCCGACACUGACCUUCCUAAACAGUCUUCUGAAGACAAUCCUCUUCUGAGGAGCUCAGUUUCUGCCUUCUAAACUGUUUAACACAGAAACACUCCCUAUGAGUGUAUUAGCAAUUCUUUGUGUCUCCUUGGGAUACGUGUCCGGUUCUCCUAAGAUGGGCUUUUUUAAGUUGCACAAGCAUGACAUCCUCCCACUGCAGACUGGAGAAAAAAAUUUAUAUUGAAACUUUUGCUGCAAACUUGGAAAUGCUAGAAAACCAAGCAGAAAGGAAUAAAUAUGGGGUAGGGGCUGCACAUACGUGUGCCUAUGCACACACAUUGUAAAAUUACAAAACUAGCUUCGUUUAUCAGAACAAACCUUUUUGGCUAAAAUAGGAAGCACAACUAGGUUCUACAGGAGUGAAUGCCUCAGAUCUGUUGUCUGGGAUUCUGGAGAUUAAACCAUGUACCAUUUUA